CAGAGAGGGAGCCGUCCAUCAGCGCGUGCACCGGCAAAGCACUCCUGCCCACCGCCGAGAUGACCCGAGUCCCCGACCUGUUUGAGGACCUGAAGAGCUGCUACAGUGAAAAUGGAGACUACGGUUCGGGCAACGACAGCCUCUCCCUGGACCAGAAAUCCUUCUACGACACAAGCGAGGACCCACUGCCUGAGCCCUGUCCGGACAAGUCCGUGUCCCUGAGCCCCUCGGCAGCCUCCUGGACCCCCACACUCGCCCUCCGGGAGAGCCUGACGGUGGUGACAGCCCGAGGGGAGGUUCUGAAGAAGCGGCGACUGAGCCUAAGUCAGCCCCUCACCGCCGACUGCCUGGAGGGCAUUGCCAGCAGCCCCAGGGAAGACGCCACUGCACCCAGAGCAGCACGUCCCGCCUUCCGGAGCAGCGUGAGAUUCAGCUUCACGCGGGUCAUCAAGAGCCAGUUCACCCUGAACGAUGACCUCGCCCAGAGCGUGGUGCAGGACCGGGGCUCGUACCUCAGGGCCACUGCGCUGAACGACCUGGAGAGCGCAGCAAAAUUCGACAUGAGUGCCUAUAAACCAACAGAGGUUAACAAGCGUCCCGUGACCCUAAGAAUCUCAAACACACGACUGUUUGUGAGUGCCCAGGAGGAAAGCAAGCCUGUGCUGCUGAAGGAGAUGCCUGAGACACCCAAAAUCAUCACAGGCGAUGAUACCAACCUCCUCUUCUUCUGGGAAAGCUACGGCACCAGGCACUACUUCAGAUCGGUUACCCACCCAGAGCUGUACAUGGCCACAAAGGAGGAAGAGCAGGUGCACAUGGCAAGAGGGCAACCCUCUGUCACUGACUUCAAGAUCUGGGAAAACCAGUCCUGA